AUGCAGAUGCCCACCUCGCCGGAAGACGAGAGGUGCCCUACCGUGGCACCCGUGUGUCCCCCGGUGGCCGCCCCCAAGGUCAUCGGACUUUACGGGGUGCCGGGGGCUGGCAAGACCUUUCUAAUGAACAAACUGAACCAGCAGCUUGGUGAGGAGCUUUUUGCCUUUUUUGAAGGAUCCGAGGUCAUUGCCUCUGUAAUUACCGGCGGGCUGGAUGCAUUUAAGAAGCUCGACGAGUCUGAGAAAGCCGAGUAUCGCAAGCGGGCUGUUCAGAAGAUCAAGUCAACUUGCAGUGAGACCAGGAAAGUUGGGAUUGUUACCGGCCACCUCAGCUUUUGGGACGACGAAAGACGUGACCACCCCAUGAAGGUCAUCACUGAGGAUGACUUGGAUACCUUCACUCAUAUUUUGUACCUCAAUACUCCGGUGCAUAUGAUUACCGAACAACGAAAAAAGGAUACCGAGAGAUUACGACCAAGUGUGUCGGAGAGUCGUUUGUGCGAGUGGCAAGAUUACGAGAUAAAAGAGCUCUCUUCUCUUUGCCUGGACAAAAACAUUAUGUUUGCUCAUGUUUGGUCCGGUUUGAGCUGUAAGCUGUCGACCUUCAUUCGUGACAUUGAAUGUCACGAUGAGGAAUAUAACAUGGCUGUUGCCAAUGAACGUUUGGACAAGAUUCUCUCGAACCAUAGCGACAACGUUCAGACCGUCCUGUUUGUUGAUGCAGACAAGACGCUCUCGGAAGACGACACCAGCGAAACCUUCUGGACGAUGUUGGAAGAUCUCAAGGGCGUCCAUAAUCCUCUAAGACGGCUCUUCAACAAGAUGGGGUAUUCGUAUGCCGCGUUCAGACAGGCUAUGAUGUACUAUGAAGAUCAGGUCUGCGAUGAUGACUUCUCUUCUAUUUGCGACGAUAUUGCAAGUGAAAUCAAUCUCUAUCCCCAGAUUUCCCUGCUUCUCAAAGAGGCGGUCGAACACAAACACGUUUGUCUCGUUAUCGUCACCAGCGGCCUGCGUCUGGUCUGGAAGAAAGUCAUUGAGAGAGAAGGGCUCGCUAAUGUCGUUAAAGUCAUCGGUGGUGGCCGUAUCGACGACGGAUUGGUGGUUACCCCUGAGGUGAAGCGAAGUUUAAUUGUUCGUGCCCAAACAGUCCAUGGAGCCCACACCUGGGCGAUCGGGGACAGCCCUAUUGACUUGCCGAUGAUGUUGGCUGCAGACAAAGCGGUUGUCGUGGUGGGUAAAGAACAAACGCGAAGCAAGAGCAUGGAUGGCGCUUUACGUGAUGCUAUCCUCAAUGAUGGGCUGCAGGCUAGGCAGGCCUUGCUGCCCUACAAUACUCUGAAACCACGACUUGACUUGAACAUACUCCCUGUGAUCCAUUUAGAAGACGAAAAUAUCCAAAGCUCGAUCUUCCGCCACUGGUUUCGAUUCUACCACGCGACCGAUGAUAACGCUUCUAAGUUGUUGAGUACUCCUAUGAGAGACGACGCCAUCCGCGGGCCGGCCCUCCAGGAUGCUCAUAAGAAGGCUGCUCACUAUUUGUCCACAAAAUACCUGGCAGAGAUCAUCGGACUUGAAACGUUCCCCGUACGCCACCCUCAAAACAAAUCAAUCGACGGAUACCGGCUUCUCAACGAAGGCCAGACGUUGAUCGUGCCGCUGAUGCGCGGUGGGCUGCCCAUGGCAAACGGUGUUAACGAGGUCUUCCCAACUGCCCAGCUCCUGCACGCCAAGUUCCCCCACGACGUGAAGAGGGAGAAUCUCGAGGGCAUCGUCACUGUGAUCUUGGUCGACUCUGUUAUCAACAGUGGCAAGUCCAUCGUGGAGUUCUUGCAACAUAUUAGACAGAUUAAUGAUGCUAUUUGUGUCAUUGUAGUUGCUGGCGUCGUGCAGGACCAGGCCCUCAAAGGCAACAGUCCUAUUCGUGCUGUCGCACGUUCAAUGGAGGUUACCAUUAUCGCUCUUCGGGUGUCAAAGAACAAGUACACUGGAAAGGGAACUACUGACACCGGCAAUCGUUUAUUCAAUACGACUCAAUUGGACUGA